GUUUAUCUGUGCUUGUUAAGCAGUAAGGUCAUCAUUUUAUCGGCUGAAGUAUUCAUUACGAUACAUUAGCUUAUUUGUGAUCGUGAUUCAGCAAAACGAUAAGUACAUCUCAUAACUAUACGAGAAUUCUUACGGUGCAAUAUUUUACGAGCACUUGUCGUUCCGUGUAGUCGAGAAAUUUUCGAAGAUGACUAAAGCAGUGUGCGUUCUUCAGGGUGAAGUCAAAGGAACUAUUUUUUUUGAACAACCGGAGAGUACCAAUUCCGUGAAGGUCACCGGUCAAGUAACCGGUUUAAAAAAAGGAUUGCAUGGUUUUCAUGUUCAUGAAUUUGGCGAUAAUACCAAUGGUUGUACAAGUGCUGGUGCACAUUUCAACCCAUUAGGAAAGGAUCAUGGUGGACCUGAUUCAGAUAUACGUCAUGUUGGAGAUUUGGGAAAUAUUGAAGCAGAUGCAAGUGGUGUUGCUAAUGUUAAUAUAACAGAUAAAACUAUUCAACUUCAAGGACCACAUAGUGUUAUUGGCAGAACACUUGUAGUUCAUGCUGAUCCAGAUGAUCUUGGUAAAGGUGGUGUUGAAUUAUCAAAAACUACAGGAAAUGCUGGUGCUCGUCUUGCUUGUGGUGUUAUUGGAAUUACAAAAGUCUAAAAAAUAUAUUCUUCUGAUAUAAAAUUAUUAUUAUUAUUAGAAAUUAUAAAAUAUUAUAAUUAUCUCAAUUUAAAUAUGAGUAUAUCAUUCCUAAUUUCUUGUAAUUUAAAUGUUUUAGAUAUGUAAUCUGCUUUCAAUAAAGUAAAUAUUCUAAUAUA